CUGGCCAACAUGAGCCAGCUCCCGGAGGCCCGCCGCGCCCUGCUCGACCGCUCCGGGUGCGUGGUGCAGAAGCUGCUGCCCUUCGUGCAGGACGCGGGCUCGGCGCUCCGGCGGCGCGGCGUGGCUAGAACGCUGCGGAACUGCUGCUUCGACCACCGGCACCACGAGUGGCUGCUGAGCGAGCAGGUGGACCUCCUGCCCUUCCUCCUCCUCCCCUUGGCCGGCCCCGAGGAGUUCCCGGAGGACGAGAUGGAAAGGCUGCCCCUGGACUUGCAGUACCUGCCAGCUGAGAAGCAGCGGGAGCCGGAAGCUGACAUUCGCAAGACGCUCCUGGAGACGCUCCUGCUGCUCACAGCCACCAAGCCAGGGCGGCUCCUGGUGCGAGAGAGGGGCACCUACUUUGUCCUGCGAGAGCUGCACAAGUGGGAAGGGGACGGUGGGGUCCGUGCUGCCUGCGAGAAGCUCAUCCAGGUCCUGAUUGGUGACGAGCCGGAGGCUGGGAUGGAAAACCUGCUGGAGGUGGAGAUCCCCACAGAGGUGGAGCAGCAGCUGCAGCACCUGGACCAGGAGGAGGAGGAGGGGGAGGAGGUGGAGGUCUUGCUGGGGGGAAUUGCAUGAAAGUGGAAGGAGCUCCCACCCUCCACUGGUGGGGGAGAGAGAACUUUCUUCUGUGUCGCUGGUCCUGGCACUUGGGCACCGAAAUCCCAGCACCUCCUUUGCUGCCGAAGGUGCUCCUUGGCACUGCCCAGUGACUCUACAGUCUGGGCGAGAGAGGGCUGGCAUCCCUCCAGCC